AGCUUCGUUCCGAAUAUGAGGCGGCGUAAAAAUGACGUUGUUUUGAAAAUUUUAGCAUGAUGUCGCCCUUAUUCUGUGAUGUAGCUGUCUUCUUUGGGUAUUCGACUAUUAGUUGUAGGAGGUCAAUGUCCUGAAGAAACAAAAUGAAGGAAGAGAUGGCAGAUCAGCCCAAAUGGAGGAAAACAGAGGAAAAGGUGCAAGACAAUGAGGAAAAACACAAAGAAGAGAUAACUGAAGAUGAUUUUACUUGCAGUUGUUGCUAUGAAAUAUUGCUGGAUCCAACAACAUUGGCUUGUGGCCAUACAUUCUGCAGAUUUUGUCUUGCAAAUUGGCUGAGUACAUCGAGAAAGACAGAAUGUUUGCAAUGUAGAAGACCAUUCGCAGAGUUUCCAAAAAUUAACUUUACCUUAAGAAAUACUUUGGAAAGGCUGUUCCCUGAUGAAGUUGCAGAGAAGAGAGCUACACAAGAAUCCCUACCCAACUAUGGGUCCAUAAUAGCUGCCUUUGACAAGCAUGCUGAAAGCAGUCAAUCCAACAGAAGAUCAGCUAUCAACCAUUUUAGUUGUGGAAGAUUGUUCCUUUUCUUGUCAAUAAUCAUUGCAGUGAUUGUUCUCAUCACUCUUGGUUGGAGACAAUUGGUAGGAGGUCCUGAUGUUUUGUUGGACAGCAAAAUUGUCACUGAAUGGACACCUGAUGAUGUUGCAUAUUGGGUUGGAGAGCAAGGGGUUUGGGCAAAAGGUGUUUAUGAUAAGCGCUUCAAGGAAGCUGGCAUUGAUGGAAAUCUGUUGUUGCGAAUAAGUGAAGAAGAUUUAAUGGGUACACCAAUCAACAUGCAUUUACGCUUACACAGAAGAGUUUUUAUGGAUGCUUUGGCCAAAGUUCAGCUGAGGAAAAAAGAAAGACCAGGUGAUUUCUGGGAAUUCAAAGCAGCUAACAGAGCAAAAGCACUGUUCCUUCAGAUUGGAAUCAGGGAGUUUCCUCGUACAAUGUUCCUGUAUCUAUAUGUCUUUGAUUAUCAUGAAAUUUUCCUUCCAUUCCUUCAAGAUACAUGUGCCAUUGAAAAAAUUGCUUCAUGGGAUGAUAAGGAUCCUGGCAGCAAGAUACAGCCAUCAUGGGAGCAGUGGCAUUCAUUUAUACUUUGGGCGAUGACAUCCCCUUAUUAUAUGAUCGCAUAUUUUGCAUCCCAAUACCUUGCUAUCAACUACUGGAUUUCUAGAAUUGUCAUUGUACAUGCAGUAGCCAUGGGAUGUCUGGAGCUGACUUACAUUGGAUGGAUAAUAACUGGAGGCUACAAGACUUUGCCAGGACUGAUGUUAAAAAACCUGAUAUAUGUACUUGGGAUCAGCUUGUUGUUAAAAAUCUUUUGGCCAUUCAUUCCAUUCUUCAUUUGCGAUAUUAUGUUCUGGUGGAUGCUCGUCAUUAGUCCAUUUGAUGCAGUCAAUAGACUCUGUCGGAGAUUAAACUCAAUUCGAAACGCGCCAGUCAACAGAGAAGUACAGCAAAACAACCCAGGGUGGCAGUUUGCUUUCCGAUUUGGUCGGGAGUAAACAGCACCAGCAUAAUAUAACACUUAUACACUAUGCAUUUCUGCAAUGCAUUUCUACACAUUGCUUAUUAAAUUUUAGUGGAUGUUCUGUUUUAUACAGUAGACUCCAGUUAUGGUCAUAUCAAAUGUUUCUUGAAAAGUUGAGACUUUCAACAGAAUGUGACUGUGAACAGAGCCAAAUUGAAAAGAAUAACAAGAGCUAAAUUAAACUGAAUUUGCAUAUUUGGGUCUCAAUUUUAUAUUGCUGUAACCAGUGGUGUUGCUUUUAGCAGAGUGAUUUUAAGGGGAGUCUACUGUACUUUUAUGAUAUAAUUUGUGUUUAGUACUGAAGAAUCAAAGUUCUUGUAUUGAAACUAAAAAUUAUUUUAUCCUUUCAACCUAAAUUAAAACGGAGAAUUGUGUCUUAUUUAAGAUUUUAAAAACUGGAAGAAAUUCAAAAUAGAUGUAAAAGAUUCAAUCUGAAAUGAUGUACUUUGAAAUAAUUCAAAUAA